UUGCCUAAUUUAAUAAAUAUACAACAAUUAAGUUUUAAGCAAUUUUUAGAGAUUGGUUUAAUAUCCGCAAUUGAAAGUCAAAACCCUUUAAAAAUAAAAAAUACACUUUAUUCAUUUGAGGUUUUUUAUUUAAGUAAAUACUUACAAUUUAAAAAACCAGAAAAAAAUAUAACAGAAACUAUAAAUUUAAAUAAAACUUACGGAUGCCCUAUUUAUUUACCAAUAUUACUCAAAUCUAAUAGUCAAUCUAAAGCUAUUUUUGAAUGGAUCUAUUUAGGGUUUUUACCGUUUAUGACAAAACCUGGGCAUUUUUUAAUUAAUGGAAUUCCACGAGUUGCGUUAAAUCAAUUAGUACGUACUCCUGGUAUUUAUAAGUUAAUUGAAAAUAAACGUACAACUAAAGGAAUAAAAGCAAUCCCUUACAUACGCAUAGUUCCUGAUAAAGGAAGUUGGCUAAACAUUAGUUUUGAUUCUAAAAAUCGAUUAUGGAUUACAACAAAAAUUUUUAGAAAAAAAAUAUCUAUGUUAGUAUUUUUACAAGCUUUAGAAGCUUGCAAAUAUUUAUAUUCUCAUUUUAUGGAAUAUCGAUCACCUGCAAACAAACAGCGGCAACCUAUAACUGAAAAAAAAGCACUUCUUUUUUUUCAGCAAGUAGUUUGGAAUUCAGAGAAUAAGUAUCUAGGUAUUUCUGGUCGUGAUCAAUUUCUAAAAAAAUUAGGAACUACAGGUUCUGCUUUUAAUCAAAUACAAUUAACAAAACAAGAUUUUAUUUUAAUUACGCAAACAAUAAUUAAUAUUUUAUACGGUGAAGAAACAAUAGAUGAUAUAGAUAAUUUAAAUAAUAAAAAAAUUAGAGGUUGUGGAGACUUUUUAUAUCAAGAAUUAGCUCGUGGACUUAAUGAAUUUGAGACUUUACUUGAUAAAAAAUUUAAAAAUUUUUCAUUACCGCGUAAAAAGAAAAAAGUAAAAUCUGGCGUUUUAAAAAAACAAAAAAAAGUAAUAAAAACAACUACUUGGCGAAGUUUCUUUUUGGGAGGAACUUUAUCACAAUAUUUAGAUGAAACAAAUCCUUUAGCAGAAAUCACACAUAAAAGACGUAUAACAUUAUUAGGGCCUGGGGGGGGAAAUAGUAAACAAACUACAAUAAAAAUUAGAGGAAUUCUCCCGACUUACUAUGGGAGACUUUGCCCAAUAGAAACACCUGAAGGUCAAAAUGCAGGAUUGGUGCAUUCACUUACAGUUUUUGGGCAUAAAGCUUCUAAUGGUACUAUUUUAACUCCUUAUUAUAAAGUAUAUAAAGGACAAACCCAAAAUAAACUUAAUGUUAUUUUUUUAAACCCAGAAAAAGAAUCUUCACAUGUUUUAGUUCCUUCAGAUGUCCUAAUUUCAAAAUGGGGACGUUUGCCAAAAAUGAGCCUUCCCGCUCGAAAGAACUGGGAUUUUGAUUAUGCCAAAUUAGAUCAAAUUACAACCCAAUCUAUUUCAAUUUUACAAAUGAUUUCGUUAGCAACGAGUCUUAUUCCGUUUUUAGAACACGAUGAUGCAAACCGUGCUCUUAUGGGAUCAAAUAUGCAACGACAGGCAGUUCCUUUAUUAAAACCCGAAGUUGCCCUUGUUAAAACUAGUUUAGAGCCGAGAGUUGUAUCAGAUAUUAAUCAUAUUAUACAAACAAGAGAGAGUGGGUUUAUUACACAAGUAGUUUCAAAUUCAAUUCAAUUAUAUAAACCAAAAACUUUAAAAUAUUUUUUUAUUGAUAUUGGAGAAUUUACAAGAAACUUAAAAAAAGUAAAUAUAAAAUAUAAUACAAUUUUUAUUGCAAAUAAUUUAUUAUUUCCUAAUGCAUUAAAUUUUUAUUAUUUACAUUUCCCAUUAAACAAAAAUUUGUUAAAGUUUCAAAAAAGGAAUAAAAAUAAUUUUCUUUCAAAUUUCAUUAAUUCUAAUCAAUUUACUUCUUAUAGUAAAACAAUAAAAAAAAAUAAAAUCAGUUUAAAUAAUUUAAAAAAUAAUUUAAACACAAAAGAUUUUUUUCUAAGUGCAGGGAAUUUUUUAUUAAUUAAAGAAAAGGUAAAUCAAAAUAAGCCCAAACCACUUUUUUUAAAUAAUAAAAGGAAAAAAAUAGACUAUAAACUUUUCCACUUAAAUUUAUAUAAACGCGGCAACCAAAGCACAUGUACUCUUCAACGACCAAUUGUUGCAGAAACUGAUUGGGUAGAAAAAUCAACUGUUUUGGCAGACGGUGGAGCGAGUGAUAAAGGAAAAUUAGCGAUAGGGAAAAAUGUUUUUAUAGCUUACUUACCAUGGGAAGGUUAUAAUUUUGAAGAUGCUGUUUUAAUAAGCGAAAAUUUAGUAUCUCAAGAUAUAUUUACAUCUCUUCAUCUUGAUUAUUAUCAAGUGGAGGUUCAGAAAACAGCAGCAGGGUUAGAAACAAUAACAAACGAUAUACCUUUAAAUUCAUCAAAAGAAAUUUCUCAAAUAUUGAACUUAGAUGCCAGAGGGAUUAUAAAAAAAGGAACAUGGGUUAAAGAAGGGGAUUAUUUAGUUGGUAAAACGAGUAAUGUACAGUUAAAGGGGAUUUCUGCACAAUAUGAGAAACUCUAUAAUGCUAUUAUACAACGUGAAAAAUUACCAGUUAGAAACACUAGUUUUCGUGUACCAAAAGGAGUAGAAGGCCUUAUAGUUGAUGUUGAAAUAUUUCCUCCAAAACAAGAUGACAUUUUAUUUUUAGCGCCAAAAAAUUCUAUUUUAUGUGUAAAAUUAUCUCUUUUACAGCGACGAAGAAUUCAAGUUGGGGAUAAAAUUGCUGGUCGUCAUGGUAAUAAAGGUGUUAUUUCAAAAAUAUUACCUGUUCAAGAUAUGCCUUAUUUACCAGAUGGAACUCCUAUUGAUGUUGUUCUAAACCCUUUAGGAAUACCAUCUCGAAUGAAUGUAGGACAAAUUUUAGAGUGCCUUUUAGGUUUGGCUGGAAAAUACCUUAAUGAGUCUUUUACAGUAAAUUUAUUUGAUGAAAAAUUUGGAACUGAAGCUUCAAGAAGUUUUGUAUAUUCAAAACUUUAUCAAGCUUCAUUAAAAUCAAAAAAUUCUUGGUUAUUUGAGCCUGAACAUCCCGGAAAAAUAAAACUCUUUGAUGGACGUACAGGUAUUAUUUUUCAACAGCCAGUAACAGUAGGAUAUACCUAUAUGUUAAAACUAGUUCACAUGGUUGAUGAUAAAAUUCAUGCACGGGCAACAGGACCUUAUUCCGCUUUAACUCAACAACCGGUUCGAGGACGAGCAAGAAAUGGGGGACAACGUUUAGGUGAGAUGGAAGUUUGGGCGUUACAAGCGUAUGGUGCUGCUUAUACUUUGCAAGAACUAAUAACUAUAAAAUCGGAUGAUAUAGAUGGUAGAAAUGAAGCUGUUUUGCGAAUUUUUUAUAAUAAACCUAUUGAAAUGAAGCAACCCGAAAGGAUUAAAUUAUUAUUACGGGAAAUUCAAGUACUUUGUAUUAGUUUAGAAAUUUUCGCUCCUUCU